CGCGCCUUCUCUGCGCGUGUGCCCGCCGGUUAGGGCGCGCGCACGGGAGGUGCGGGGGGUUGUGCUCGCUCGUGCUCUCUGACCCCAGUGGCAGCUCCGACUCACUGCACUCCGGCUCCCCCUCCGUCAGUCUGCUCCCUCUCUCUCUCCCUGUUGUCUGUCAGUAUCUCUCUCCCUCCUCUCUCCCUCUCUCUCUCUCCCCCCCUCGCUCUCUUGUCUGGUUUCUUUCCACAGGAGCCAGCCGAGGUCCCGCCGGGUCGAAGGUUUUGCCCUACCCGCCCAAACUGCCGCAACCCCCGGACGGCUCGCGUUCGAAACCUCCCCUGUUGCUGCCGCAUGGACCCGCGUCCCUUCACCGCCAGCACCGCUACCACCACCACCACCACCGCCGCUACUGCUGCUGCCGCCGCCGCGUAGAGGGCGACCCCGACCCGAUACUCUUUCUCCGGCCAGAUAGAAAAAAAAACGCACAAAAAGCCGAAGACUGCAGUGUGUGUCGUGGUCGAGUUGGUCGGCUGGGUCCUCCUCCUCCUCCUCCUCCUCCUCCUCCUGCUGCUCCUGCUGCCGCCGCCGCUGCUGCUGCUGGGAGACUUCCUGGGCUUCUCGAGGUGGCUCGUGAAGGAUGAGCGCUGCACGGCUCGCUGCUGAAUCCCGGUGAACGAACCCCCUCCAGCGUCUCAUGUCCACACGGCGGAAGGAUGGCUCAUGGCAAAGUGACCAUCACGGUGGACGAGUACAGCUCCAAUCCCACGCAGGCCUUCACGCACUACAACAUCAACCAGAGCCGCUUCCAACCCCCACACGUCCACAUGGUGGACCCCAUUCCUUAUGACACUCCCAAGCCAGCAGGACACACCAGGUUUGUGUGUGUGUCGGACACACACUCGCGUACAGACGGCAUCCAGAUGCCGUACGGCGACGUUCUGCUGCACAUGGGCGACUUCACCGAGCUGGGCCUGCCCUCCGAGGUUAAGAAGUUCAACGACUGGCUAGGUGGCCUCCCGUACGAGUUCAAGGUGGUGAUCGCCGGGAACCACGAGCUGACCUUCGAUAAGGACUUUAUGGCCGAGCUGGUCAAGCAGGAUUACUACCGAUUCCCGUCGGUCUCCAAACUCAAACCGGAGGACUUUGACAAUGUGCAGACGCUCCUCACAAACUGUGUGUACCUGCAGGACUCGGACGUCACCAUAAAGGGAUUCCGGAUAUACGGAGCGCCAUGGACUCCGUGGUUUAACGGCUGGGGGUUCAACCUGCCUCGAGGUCAGUCUCUGCUGGAUAAGUGGAACCUCGUCCCCGAAGGCAUCGACAUCCUGAUGACCCACGGACCUCCGCUCGGUUUCCGUGACUGGGUUCCGAAGGAGCUGCAGCGGGUCGGCUGCGUGGAGCUGCUCAACACGGUCCAGAAGAGAGUGCGACCCAAACUUCACGCGUUCGGAGGCAUUCAUGAAGGCUACGGGAUCAUGACGGACGGCUACACGACGUUCAUCAACGCGUCGACCUGCACCGUCAGCUUCCAGCCCACAAACCCCCCCAUCGUGUUCGACCUGCCCAACCCCUCCAGCUCCUGAGACCAGAGGACGGGGGAGGGCGGGGCGGGGCGGGCGGGGUUAAAGGACGAGGGGAGGAGUCACGGAUAAACUACUUUUUUUCUAUAAAUAUGUCAAGUUUAAAAAAAAGAAAAAAAAAAUUCUAAGUGUUUCUUUGCAAACUUUUGAUCUUCUCCGCGAUGUCGUCGAGGUCGAGAAGAUUCAGAGACGUUUUGGGGGGUCGGGUGGGGAGGGGAGUUUGUCCGGGAGGGUCGAAGGAGAAUACCGGUGUUUUAUUUUUUAAUAUUUGUGCCAACAAAAAAGCAGGUUUCCCUCCCAGAGCUUUGUCAGCGAGAUCAUCCACGAAGGAACUUCUUCUGUCUUUUGAUGUCGAUGCUUCUCAAAGCGACGCGCCGCUUCCUGAAGUCCACCGGGCACGGAUACGAGACGUUCUAGUCGAUGUUUCAAACGCUGCGGUCCGUUUUCAGAAGCCUCUCCGAUCGAAAAUACACGAGGCACGUUUGAUCAAAUCUGUGCAAGUUAACAAACUGGUGGAGAAAACGGUGUUGCGGGGCCGCAAUGUGACAGAGACGUGCCCGCUGGGGUUUUUUUGGCGUAAGGCUUAAGUCUAUCGGAUGUGACCAAGGCUGCCGGAGCUAAUCACGGCAGUUCUAGUUCUCAAUGUUUCAAACCCAGCUCGAGUUGGCAGGAAGUUGGCCAGUCAGUUUUCAAAAUAAAACACUCAAAAGCUAAACAAGUAGCAUAUUUCCAUAUUUGAAAUUAGGGUUUGUUCUCCAUCUCAUCACUGGGCUCGACUUGUCGGCCUCAAACGUUCCUGUUGGGGUUUAAAAAUCGAACCAAAACAGCGUCGUCGUCGCACAUCCUGAUGGAGACCGUGCCCGGUGGUGGAGUUUCGUGAUUACUCCAAAACGCCAGGUGAGAACGAGAAGUUCUGGAUCUACGCUCUUGUCCUCUCCGGCCUUCCGUACUUUGGUACCAUCUCAUCUGCAAAGUGUCGACGUCUAAAUAAACGAAUAAAUUCAGCGUACGCUGCAAAACUCAGGGAGGGAAUGUUUAAAAAAAACCGAGCUGAGCGGCGCCGGUGUUCUCCUUUUCAGAGGGAUAUUUUGUGGUUAAACAAUCUUGCUCUUGAUAAAUAUUUGGUCAGAUCUGUAAGAUAAAAUGAUGCUUUGUGAAUUUGUACAAUUUUCUUUAAUGUUUGGUUUGCAUUGGCCGGACAAUGGAUGCCAUUGUUGUUUUUAUGUUGUAUCAUCUGAUAUUUUUUGUGUUUAGCUCUUUAUUAUUAUUAUUUUUUUGGUUUGUUUUCUCGUCAGUUCCUCUUUUCUUAUUGGCUGACAGGGACGCUGCCUUAAACUAGCUUUAAUGUUCUCAGCUAGAGCCCCUCCAACUCUCUGCGAGCUCAGAGAAAAGUCCUUUAUUUAUUUAUUUUACCCAUCAUCCCCGCAAAAAAAAAAUCAAACAACACCUGACUAACGCAGGGAAAGCUAUCAAAUUUACAACCCGGAAAAAUGAUCGUUUGUAACAUCCCAUCACGGAUUUCUGAUCUAAUUUGGAAAAUGUAUGUAUAAAAUAUAUAUAUAUAUAUUAUAUAUUCAUGUUGUAAAACAUCUGUACUAAAAGUUGUGUUUGACGAAAAACCUGAUGUAUGAUUGAUUUCUUUAACGCUCCCAUCAGACGCUCUUUUGUUUCUUGUUUUGUCGUAUCGACUCUCCUGAUUGGUCGGACGUUCGUUAUUUUUUGGAUGAGAGAGGAACAUUUGUCAGAGUCACAAUCCGACAGGUGUACGUUGUCCCGUACAACACGCCUGCCUAAACAUGGUUAAGUUGUCCUUUAACGUGUAAAUCUGAUAGUAUUUGUGUUUUAUUGCUUUUGUUUUUUUUCUUCUAAUUUUUGCACUGUGUGUAAAUGCAAUCUUGCUAGCACAAAAAAAAAAUGUUGCCAAUAGUUGUCUCAACUUUGCCGCUGUAAAUGCUCUUUUUUUCCCGUGCUCUGUUCCUCUCUCGCUCUUUCUGAUUGUAUCCCUCUUCAUUGGAAAUGUUAGUUCUCUCUCUCUCUCUCUCUCUUUCAGUUCAUUGUGAUAUAUUUAGCUGCCUUUAUAUGCAAAUAAAAUUGCAAGAUUUUUACUUAUCGAG